GAGGCUGCGUACCCGCCCCUGAUGUGCGAAGCCAUCUGCGAUGUAGUCGAGGCUUCCUUGGUUGAGCGUGGCACGAAGGUGGGUAGUUCCAAACCCUUGGCAGCACGUGCCAUGAAGCAGCAGCGAGGACGCCUUCACCCGCAAAUCGUGUUCGAGUACAGUCAUGUCGUGUCAUAUGUGCUGCCGUGCCUGCCGUCUCUUGAUGGUAAGCAGUGCCUAUGCCAGCCUGUGCGGGCAGUGGCCAGGACUCUUUGGCGCCCGUUCGACACUCUGGUGCAACUACCUGACUUCCUCUUGAAAGCAAUCUUUGAGCAGCUGACAUUUUCUCCGUUGGAGCUGGCGAAAGUGAGGCUGCAGAGGCUUGCCACCUGGCGACAGUGGGCUGCCGAACUGAAACUUGAGGAAGACUUGGCGCGGGCGAAGAUGCACCCCAACGUCCGCAAGGUCCUUGGCCUGAAGCGAACAGUUCUGCUCGAGAGAGUUGCGGAGUCCAUUGGCUGGCCUGACCGCCAAUUGUUUGAAGAACUGAGAAGUGGCUUCAGGUUGGUCGGCAAUGCCACGCAGUCCAAUGUGUUCAGGCCAGGCGUCACAGUCGCAACCCUCAGCGAGGAGGAACUGAUGGAACGGUCGCAGUACCUGCGCCCAGCCAUCCUCUCGAGGGUCGCCGAGGAGCCGGAGGGACCCCACAGCCGGCAACUGAUCGAGAUCACUCGCAAGGAGGCGACUGAGAAGGGUUGGUUGGACGGGCCCCAUUCGAUACAGGAUAUCUUUGCAGAUUAUCCUGUUUGGAUGCCAGUCAGACGUUUUGGCGUCCUUCAGAAGGAGAAACUUCGGCCCAUUGAUGACUUCAAAGAAAACCGAGUGAACGAGGCGCACAGCUGUACGGAGCGGGUUGUGCUACAGGCGAUGGACCACGUGCUGUGGUCGCUGAGCAUCCUUGCUCGGUUUUGUCGAGAUGGAGGUGUUGUAGAUUUCACGCUCUCUACAGGUGAGCGAAUGACGGCGCCAGUGCACCCACAGUGGAAACAGAGUGGCGCUAACCUGCGAGUCACGUCGUUGGACUUACGUUCAGCAUACAAACAGCUGCCGUUACACCCGAAGGACUAUGACAAGUCGGUCGUGUGCGUGAAGUGUCCUGACUCCUCUGCAGUGGAAUGCUACUCUAUUCUUGGCGUGAGCUGGGCAUACUUUCCAAUCGCAUCACAUGCGCUCAGCGAAGCUUCUUCCUUGGGCGCGUGCAAGGGUAUGCUGUCUCUUUUUGGGUUCCAGUACGCUGAAGAGAAGCUGCAUGCUUUUGCGACCAAAGCUGACAUGCUGGGUGUGCAGCUCGACGUCAGCGAUGCACCUCAAGGAGUCAUCCGGGUCCGAAACAAGGACUCACGUGUGUGCGAACUACAACCUGUGCUUGACCGUGUUCUAGCUGAAAGAAGCUUGGUUCCUGCCGAGUUGCCAUCGUUCCUCGGCAAGCUUCAAUACGCCGGGGUCGCGGCGUUCCGUGUUCUCCGAGACCGUCCUCUGCGUGGCCGGCCCCGUGAGAUCAAAGCCUCUGCGCCAACGAGGCCGCUCUUGGUCUUCACUGAUGGCGCGUUGGAAGAUCCGCAGAAACAUGGAGCCGCGGAAGCCUCAAUAGGAGGUGUCUUGGUCCGGCCGGACAGUGAGAGAUCAGCUGAUGUGUUUGGCGGGCCGGUGCCACCAGAUGUGCUUGCUCAUUGGCGCUCAGAUGGCAAGGUGCAUGUCGUUGGACUCGUCGAGCUCUACGGCGCCGUGGUCGCUCUGAAGCACUGGCUGACUGACCUGUCGGGGCGACGGGUGAUCUUGUUCAUUGACAACUGGGCGGCAGAGGACGGCGACGGAACAGCCUCGGAGGUGCCCAGCCCUGACGCGAGAAAGAUGCACCUGGCAGAGGCGCUCGCUAUCUCAGCGGCGGAUAUCCUGGAUGACCAGGAGACCCCAGCGGUGGAAGGCUACGAUGCUCUCUCUGACCUGCUUGAGUCGGCCGUUGUGGCGGAGAGCUUCACUUACUGGGAGCUGGCACAAGCUGUGCAUGAUGUGUUACUGCAGCAAGAAGGCUACAAUGAGGAAGUCAUGGCCGCUUCCGACGGGGCGAGCAGCCUCAGCUGCAGCAUCUGGAAGGGGCAGGCCUACCAGCCCAGGCUCUCGAGCGUCCAGAUCGAGAUCUCCGAUGACUGGGGAAGGGGCAGCACGUGCGUCAACGGACACUGGAAGUCCUGGGGCUAUGGGUCCGGCUGGGCCGCCGCCGCCAACACCGGUGAGGCAGCAACUGCCCCGGGCGGGCCUCCGCCACCCACUCCCAUUGCUAUCAGCUCGCGGACUGCGGUGGAACAAUAUCGGCGGACGGUUGGAGCCACUGGCGGCCCGAUGCUUGGUGGUCCCUUGAUCCCUGGUCACGCACUGCCACCGCAUUACAACAGAGCACCUGAGACAAUGGGUGCAGGCGAGCUGGUGGAAGAGCUUACAUGGCACCUGCAGGGGGCAGGAUGGACUCCGGCAUGGUGUAUGUCGCCCGAAAUGCGUCACAGGCUUCAGGUCGUGUUUGCAGUGCUGGAAGCCCGCCAGAUCCCACCGGAGGAUGUUGCAUGGCGACUGAUUACGCAUAUACGUGGACGACAUGCCGUGGAGCUCCAACUGCCUUACGCACAGCGGGUGGCGAUGCACCUCAUGAGGAGCGGUGGUUCAUUCACCAGUGGGUCUGGUCCUGUAACCUUCAGCUUGCCCCUCCUUUCCGUGAGCAUGUCCUUCACCACCAAUUGGAGCGCCUGCGGUAUGUUGAAGGUGUCCUUGGACAACGUCGCCCCAAUCUGGAUACCAGAGGUCCUGACUAGCUUGUACUUGUCCCACUGGUGUCAUGCCUGGGCCAGGCACCUGAAUCUUGCCGUUUGCUCUGUGUCUGGAGAAUUUGUCAGCCAUACCGACAUGCAAAUUGGAGGCACCAAUGCUGGCUGGGUGGGAACCCCAGACUUCGGCUGGCACGGCUUCUACCUGCCCUGCCCUGUCACAUCCUCAAGCAAAGCCACAGGCUGGACCCACACCCCGCGCCAACGGAGAAGGCUCUCUGUUUUUCUGCCCUGCUUCCAGCUCGAACCAUGGCGAUCUGUAGGCAAGCGUGGCGGCAACAAAAUGCCGAUCUUUGCCGGGUGUCUGGACUCGCUGGUGUUUUGGUCCGAGAUCCAUACCGAGGGCCGCACCUAUUCUUCUUCUGUGCAUCAUGGCUUGUUUGCUGCCAGGGUCUCAAGGAAGCGAGCCUACAAACGUGCUGUGCAUCGGGCUACGCGGGAUGGCGGGGCAAUGUUUAUGACAUACAACGUCGGUGGUCUUGCGACGGAUGCCUACGAUGUCUUUAUGGCUGCCAUGCUGCAGACCCCCGAGGAGGUUCGCCCGCAUAUCGUCUGCCUUCAGGAGACCCAUUGGAAACAUAGUUCGGAGUACUCCACGCCAGGUUGGCAUGUCAUUACCUCGAGCUGUCCUUCCGAGUUUAGGUCAGGCGGGCUGAUGGUCAUGAUCUCACAUGUCCUCUUACCUGCUGCCCAAGCACACCGCCUUGCCUACAUGGAGAUAUUAGUGGGAAGGUUGUUGCACGUCAGGAUUCACCUUGGAGAAACGGCCGUGGACGUUGUUAACACCUACCAGAGCGUCUCCACUGGUCCUAAGCCGGUGCAACACUAUGAGGCUAAGAGGGCUCAGAUGUGGCGUCAUCUCCGGGUUGUUCUUGAUCGCCUCCCUAGGCGUAAUCCCCUGAUCCUGGCAGGUGAUAUGAACACACAAUGCUCUGCAAUGCAGGGGCAGGUGGGGAAUGUUCAGGCCCAUGUUACCAGACCUCUCGAUGACGAUGCAGAUAUGCUCAUGGAUUUGAUCCGUGACUUUGAUCUCUGCUUACUGAACAGCUGGGUCAGGAUGCUGAUGCAAGAGCCAGAUGUGCACACACGUCAAGCCUGGACUUCUUUCCAUGGCGUGAGGGGGGCAAGCAUUACCCCGUCCUGGCUGAUCUUCGCCCUGUCCGGAGCUGUGGAACGUUUCCAGAAUCUCUUUGAUCAAAAGCUUGAGCAAGCAGAGGCUUGGCGCCUGACCAAGCUGCAGGAAGCGGAAGAAGCAUCGCAAAAAGGUGAGGAUGGCGCCUUGCUGGAUCAUCAUGGAGAAAUGCAACUCCUGCAGGACCACUGCUGCACUCUUUUCUCGUCGGCCACAGCUGAUGGGCAGGAAUAUGAUCUUACGGGCCUUGCAAAACAUGUGACGGAGGAAUCCCUGCUGGCCAACAUGAAACGCCUCCCUCUGCGCAAGGUUGCGCCCCCAGGGCAUGUCCCAGCCGUGGCAUGGAAGAUGACAGGCAGAUUGGGCUGUCAGGCGAUUGAAGCCCUUGUACAUCAGCUGACCUCCGUGGUUCCCAAGCCUUGGAAGGACGCGUGGCUGGCCUUCAUACCAAAGAUUGCCACACCCAAAGUCCCAAGAGACCUACGGCCCAUCGGUCUCCAGGACAUUGAUGGGAAAUGUGUGCUUGGAGCUGUGCGGGAUGCUGUCAUGCCAUUCAUCAUGAAGUAUGUAGAGGCAUGGCCUCAGUUUGCUUACGUUGGUCAGAGAUCGACUAGUCAGGCCAUUAACCGUGCUCUUUGUCACUGCGAUUUCGUGCGCAGCUCCCUUCAAGGUGGUAAGCUGUCCCUGUAUGAUCGCCGCAAGGGCUGUGUUCCAGCUCGCUCCGUCCUUGGAGGCAUCCAAGUGAGUGUGGACAUGUCCCAGGCCUUUGACAGGCUGGAUCGCACGCUCCUUCAAGCUGCUAUGUGUGAUGCACAUAUCCCGUCUGAACUCCAGGCGGCCAUAAUGGCGUGGCAUCAGGAUAUGGAGUAUCACUUGAGGCAUGCUGACUUGCAGGGCUCGGUUGACAGUACGGUUGGAGUUAGGCAAGGGUGCAAAAUUGCUCCCAUUUUAUGGGUCCUUUACACCUGCUACUUCUUUCGUACGGCUAGUGAUUUUCUGCCACAGGAAUGGCUUCAGUCCUCUUGUACCUUCUUUGCGGAUGAGCUGCACUUUUGUGAUGUGAUUGCACAGGCGGCUGACUUGGAUUCUUUCUUGCAAAAGGCCUAUGAAAAAGCCACGGUUCUGCAUCGGUUGGAGCAAAGCAAAGCUGCUUACCACCGCCUCAGGCUGUAUGAUCGGCUGCGUAUUCCCACUGAGCUGACCCAUCUUCGUGGCAUCCAGGCAAAACAGCUGCCUGAGGCUCAGCACCGGCAGGUUCAGCGUGGGUCGUUCUGUCUGGAACAGAUGGACUGGCUCCUGAAAGUGACUGCUGCCUAUGAGCAGCUGCAGGAGCCCCUUCCUCCAAAUGCGAGCACUGUGCCUGAUUCAGCGUCCGCCUCCACUGCAGCACUCAUUCCGCUACCGCUGGCUGUGCGAGGACAGGCGUGUCCAGUAUGCGGCCUCUACUUCAAGGAUGUGACGGGUGUAAAAAUCCACAUGACCAGGAAACAUCCAGCUUCUCAAGUGGUGACCAGGCCGUUGUAUGAGCAGAGUCGCUGUGGCGUAGAUGGCAUGCCAACUUGUGCUGCGUGUCGUCGGCCCUUCUCCUCGUGGGGUGCCCUGAAGCAGCAUGUGCUUGGUGGCCACUGCAGGCUGCCCUUACUUGAGCAAACUCCAUCGGACAAUCUGUCGCUUCGACAACAUCCGCUGGUGAUAGCCACAGUGCGAGCCCAAGGGUGGCAAGGCUUGCUUGAUCUUCGUCUUGUCAGGGAACGUGUGCUGCACUUCUGCCCGUUGUGCAACCAGUGGUGCGUGAAUGCCAGUGGGGUCAAGGAGAUGGAAGCCUUCUUUGGCAGCUUCCGACAGGGGACUGCGCCGAUGGAGGACUCCGAGAAUCCCUUCAAACGACGCCGCGAGACGGAGGAGGAGGAGUCGAGGGCAUGGAGCUCCCAGAAACCCAAGGGCAAAGGCAAGGGCAAAGGGCGUGGGAAGAAUGGUGGCAGACGAGAGCAGGCCAAGGACAGAUGGACGCUUCCGGAGGACAAUUCCUGGAGGGGACACUACGAGAAGGACCUCAUGACGCAGAUGGCACGACUGAUCCUGAGGCACGAGGAUCAACUGAGUCUUCAACGUCAAGAUUCUGUCCUUCACCUGUGGCUGCGGAACACUGGGGAAGAGUCCAUCGUGGGGAUGCUGUGGGAGGUGUCCAAAAAGUGGAAGAAGAUGAGAGACACCACGCCAGCUCAGCUCCAGGCGUCGUUGAGGGCUACGAUGAUGGCUGGCAUGCUGAAAGCCCUGAAGGACCGACUCCACCAGGUAUCCACGGACGAGAAGCUGCUGGAGAAUGCGAAAAAGGUUCAACUCCUGGAUGCGCAGGGACACUGGGUAUACCAAGUCUGGGAUCACGAGCUGGAGAAGCUUCAGGUGGAUGCCAGUCGCACACCCUUGAAAACAGAGGAGAUCCACCAGCUGCUUGCGGUCUGCGAGAAGGCCAACGAGAGUCCCGUGCUGUAUCGCUUCCAUGCGAAGGCCGAAUACAGCUUCUCGGAGUUCGUGCACUUCGAGAUAGAAGUGGGUCACCGGGGUCAGGAGGCGGCGGACCUGUAUCGGAGCCUGAAGGUGUUGUGCCAGUGCUCGGUCUUGCAGAUCAUAGGUGCUCGUCUUCGCAAAGACAAACCGGGACGGUCUGCCACGGCACAGAGGAUCCAGGAGUGGCGCCUCAUCCAGGGGGAAUGGGCGAGGUGCGGUUCUCAUCACUUUGGGGCCAUGCAAGUUCUGUUUCAAGUGCACAUGCCAGGCGUGAGAUGCUUCGAUGGUAGCUGGCAACGUAGAUCAGCUACUGGAGGCAAGAUGCAGAUUUGUGGCACUCGGUCAACCUCACAUGGUAUUGGCCUACGUGUUCCUGCGGACAUCACUGCUGUAGAUGUGCAACAAUGCCUGGAGGCUUGGGCCUUCUCUGAUGAGUUUUGUGGCCUGCUGGAUCCUCCAUCCGUUCUUUCACUCUACCUUUUGCCUGCGCGGCAGCCUGACACAGAUCGGGACCUAUCGCAGCGAAGUGAUGCUGUAGCUCUGUCUCCGGACGUGCCCAACUCUGCCUGUUGUUUGCGUGCAUCUUCACCGUGCAUCACAUGGGACUGGGAUAGCAUUCUUGUACCAACCUUUGCCGAUGUGUCUUCGCUAGACAUUGCAUACACCUCAUACAGUGUUCAGGCAGUGGGCAUGCACUUAGGAGGGGCGUCGGGAGCCUCUCUGGGCAAGUACUGCACCAUCCUCCGUCACCGCGAUGACUUGCUGCUUGCAAAAGAAGCCCAUACUCCGUAUGCUUGCACUCUUCAGCACGGGCAUCAGCGAGGCAAGGAUAACUUUGCUGCGUCUCGAAAGUCGAAAAACUGGCCUGCCUUAGAUGUGCUCAUAAAGGGUGCCUCUGCUGUUCCCAUGUGGAGAGAGCUUCUUUUGCUUCUGGAGGAUCCGCUCGAAUGCGAGCCCGCCUUCCUAUGGGUAGCAAGGGUGCCGUCAAAGUCGAACAUUGCAGAUGGGCCUAGCCGCGGUACGCUGGCGGAGCUUGAAGGGUGGCGCGUCAAUGUCGAAGCGCUCACCUGCCCUAUGACCGGCCAGCAGCUGCAAUCCUUCUUUGACUAG